AUUCGUUUGUUUGAAUCGGCAACAUGAAACUCUUGGCUGUGACUCUAUUGGCUUUCGCCGCGGUCAUCUCCGCGAGGAACAUCAACCUCGAGGAUGUGAUCGACCUCGAAGACAUUACUGCCUACAAUUAUCACACCAAAAUUGGAAUUCCUUUGGCUGAAGAAAUUCGUCUAGCCGAACAGGAGGCACAACGAAACCCAUCCAGAAUUGUCGGCGGUUCUACUUCCAGCCUUGGCCAAUUCCCUUACCAGGCUGGCCUUCUUGUUGAUUUGCCCGCUGGCCAGAGUGUUUGCGGUGGUUCUUUGCUUAACCAAAGAAGGGUACUCACCGCCGCUCAUUGCUGGAACGAUGGUACCAACCAGGCCAGGAGAUUAACUGUUGUCCUAGGCUCAGUGCGCCUGUUCAGCGGUGGCACUAGGCUGACGACUACCAGCGUUGUGAUGCACGGCAGCUGGAACGCUAACCUCGUCUGGAACGACAUCGCCAUGAUCAACUUGCCUUCUAACGUCGGUACAUCCAGUUCCAUCGCUCCGAUCGCGCUGCCUUCUGGUAAUGAGCUCAACAACCAGUUUGCCGGUGCCACCGCUACUGCUUCUGGCUUCGGACUCGCCAGGGAUGGUGGCAGUGUCGACGGUAACUUGAGACACGUCAACUUGCCUGUAAUCACAAAUGCUGUUUGCCGUCAAAGCUUUGGUAACCUCCUGGCUUCCAACGUUUGUACCAGCGGCGUCAAUGGCAGAAGUACUUGCCGCGGUGAUUCCGGCGGUCCUCUGGUUGUUAACAGCAACAACAGACGCAUCUUGAUCGGUGUGACCUCCUUCGGUUCUGACCGUGGUUGCCAAGUUGGUGCCCCUGCUGCUUACGCCAGAGUCUCCUCAUUCAUCAGCUGGAUCAACCAACGUCUUUAAAAACCGCUACGAAAAAAUUACUACGACUGCAUUUACCAAUUUAUGAAAGAAUAAAAAGAGAAAACGAAA